AUGAAUCCUCCACCCUUCAUAUUUCCAUCUGCUCCUCCGAUCCGAUCGCCUGAAAAUCACCUGUGGGUUGACAAGCAUAAACCAACACUUGGUACACUCGCUGUACGACCAGCCAAAGUCAAGGAAGUGAGAGCAGUAAUCGAUACGCUCAGUCAUGUGAAGCUUCUUGUAUUAUCAGGACCUGCAGGAUCAGGGAAAAGCACCAUGAUACGGUUAUUGGCGGCAGAAGAUAACAUCCCCGUUGUUGAAUGGGAAACCAUUUUGGAUCGAUACAAUGAACCAGAAUAUCAAUCAAGUAUUAGCAAGCUGGAACGAUUUUUACACGAGGCAACAUUGUAUUCUUCGCUUGGGAGCCAGCAACAUAACAACAUGAGUCGACGACGUCAAAUCAUCUUGCUUGAUGAUCUUCCUUAUCUCGGCAAUGACGCACUUCAAACCCGAUUUCAUCAAUUGCUAUUCAAUUGCCUCUCUUCAACAGAGCCUUUUUUAAUCGUCCUCAUCGUGACAGAAGCAACCAUGCCCAUUGAAGGUCGACGCAAUGAUACGCAAUUAACGAGUCUCAGGGACCUGAUACCACAGCAUAUAACGACCCAUCCAGGAUGCCAUACCGUGGAAUUCAAUCCAAUCACAUUAUCAGCCAUCAACAAAACACUGAACCGGAUAUACGACCUAGAAAGAAAUGCUACACCUGUCGCUUUGGCCAAAGAUACAAUAUCACGUAUAGCCGAGUCAUCACGUGGAGACAUAAGAAAUGCCAUCAACAACUUGCAAUAUUACUGCAUCCCGUCAACAUCUCGAUCAAGGGACAAUACCAAACGGCGAAGAACUGAUAUACAAGUGGCAGAGUCAAGAGAAGAGCCUCUUUCUUUAUUCCACGCAGUCGGCAAAGUGCUUUAUGCUAAACGAAGCCCUGAUGGCAAGCUUGAAUCAUUACCAGAGGUUAUUCUGGAACGACUAGCGGAUUGGCACCAUUUAACACCCUACAUCUACGAGCACUAUCUGAACUUUUUUACACACAUUGAGGAUGCUUCCAAGGCAAUUCAUUGGAUGUGCGAAGGGGAUUAUUUGGCAUCUCUGGAUGAUUGGAGGGAUCAUGCGGGUGAUGAAUACGAGGCGUUGAUAGCGAUGUAUGGAACGAUGGCACAAGCGAAACAUGGGCGAAUCAAGAGUCAGGGGAUUUUCGGAUUUGGGCGACCACAGUAUUUGGAUGUUGUAUACCAGCAAAGGACCAAAGAACCUAGCAUUGGGCUUUGGAACCGAGGUGCCGCACUACUUGAUCCUUCAGCUAGCACAGAGGAUGUAGAUGACCCUAUUGAAGAGUUUAUUAGUGAUGAGGAGGAUUUUGAUCAAGUAUUUGGUGAUGGUUCAGACCUUGCAGAUCUUGAUGUAUGA